GCGUAAAGUAGGUCAUAGAGAAUGUAUACUGAUACUGCCUAGCGCCGUCCAUAUUCGCCUGAUCAUACACGCGCUUUUCUGCCUUCUUCAUGUCCAGUGCCUGACUGUUUUGUGUAUUUCCGCAGAAGCCAGCACUGUGAGGAGACAGCUGUUUUCUGAGAGGAGGAUCUCGUCAGACAGCCUCAGGAAAUGGUGAAGGAAGAACAGCCCUCGUCUCUCUCUGUGUGAUGGUCUAAUGGCAGACCAAAGAAUGGACAUCUCCUCCACGAUGAAUGAGUUCAUGUCUCCCAGUUCCACUGAUCUGAUCAGCAGCUCCAUGGGUACGCCGGGCAUGGAUUACACCCGCAAGAGGAAGGGCAGCAUCACCGACUAUCAAAUUGAUGGAUUUUCUUUUGAAUCUGAGGCUUCAUGGAUGAGAUUCCUCAUCCCAAGCUCACAGCUCACACAGUCCACUGAGAGUGAAUGGGACAGUAUGGACAUAGACAAGGACAGUCAGCAUGGAAGGGUCGAUCAGCAGAUUAAGAAUGCAAGGGAGGCUCACAGUCAGAUAGAGAAGAGACGCAGAGACAAGAUGAACAGCUUUAUUGAUGAGCUGGCUUCAUUAGUGCCUACCUGCAAUGCCAUGUCUCGCAAGCUGGACAAACUCACGGUGCUGCGCAUGGCGGUCCAGCAUAUGAAAACACUUCGAGGUGCUGCAAACCCUUAUACUGAAGCUAACUACAAGCCAGCCUUUUUAUCAGACGAUGAGCUGAAGCACUUAAUAUUAAGGGCUUCUGACGGUUUUCUGUUUGUUGUGGGCUGUGAUCGGGGAAAGAUCCUAUUUGUGUCAGAGUCUGUCUACAAAAUUUUAAAUUACAGUCAGAAUGACCUGAUUGGCCAGAGUUUGUUUGAUUAUUUGCAUCCUAAAGACAUUGCAAAAGUCAAAGAGCAGCUCUCGUCAUCUGACACAGCCCCACGCGAAAGACUCAUCGAUGCUAAGACUGGGCUGCCAGUCAGGACGGACAUCGCCCCUUGCCCCUCCAGACUGUGCUCAGGGGCCCGUCGCUCCUUCUUCUGCAGAAUGAAGUGCAACAGGCCCCUUGUCAAAAUGGAGGACAAAGAUUUUCCCUCAACUUGCUCCAAAAAGAAAGCCGAUCGCAAGAGCUUCUGUACAAUCCACAGCACUGGCUAUCUGAAGAGCUGGCCGCCCAUAAAGAUGGGCUUAGAUGAAGACAAUGAGCCUGAUAACGAAGGCUGUAAUCUCAGCUGCUUAGUGGCCAUUGGCCGAUUACAUCCUCAUAUUGUCACACAACCCAUGAACGGAGACAUCCGGGUGAAGCCCACAGAGUAUGUCUCACGCCAUGCCAUUGAUGGGAAGUUUGUCUUUGUGGACCAAAGGGCCACGGCCAUUCUUGCUUAUCUACCUCAAGAGAUGCUGGGCACGUCGUUCUAUGAGUAUUUCCAUCAGGAUGACAUUGGACAUCUUGCUGAAUGCCAUAGACAAGUGCUGCAGAUGAGAGAGAAGAUCAACACUAACUGUUACAAGUUCAAGAUUAAAGAUGGCUCUUUUAUAACUUUAAAAAGUCGCUGGUUCAGUUUCAUGAACCCUUGGACCAAAGAAGUAGAAUACAUUGUUUCAACUAAUACAGUCGUCUCAGGCAGUUCUCUUGAUGUAGCAGAGCCUGGUUAUCCUCAGCUCACUGCCUCCCCCCAGAGCAUGGACAGCGUCCUUACAGCUGGUGACGUCUCGGGGAAAACUGUCCCUGGAAUCCCUGGAGGCACAAGACCCGGAGCAGGAAAGAUCGGCCGCAUGAUCGCUGAGGAAGUGAUGGAGAUACAAAGGAUAAGAGGCUCAUCUCCCUCGAGUUGUGGCUCAAGUCCCCUCAACAUCUCCAACAGCACACCCCCUCCUGACACAUCCUCACCGGGGGGCAGGAAGAUUUCAAAUGGUGGAAGUCCAGACAUUCCUUCAGCAGGGGUGAUGUCGGGCCAGGACAGCAUAGGCUAUCCUUACUCUAACAGCUCGAUUUUAAGUGAUCAAUCACACAUCGGUAUUGGAGACAUCAUGGACGAGCCGGGGUCCAGCAGCCCCAGCAACGAUGAGGCCGCCAUGGCCAUCAUCAUGAGCCUGCUGGAGGCGGAUGCAGGUCUAGGAGGUCCCGUGGACUUCAGUGACCUGCCCUGGCCUCUGUGAGAGCCCUGAAGAAGACCUUCAACCAAUCCUAACGGGGUACGACAUCAAUCCAUCUCACUCGCGUUCAAACCAGCCAUGACCCUAACAAUCUACGUAUGUGGACAGAUUUUUUUGUUGGUGACAUUACGUUUGUUUUUGACACGGUGCCUCGGGUAGCUCCACCCACAGCAAAAUCUCAUUGGUCCACAGCCUCAUUCUACAACUGUGUCAAAUUAGUGAUUUUGUCACUAUUUCACUUUCAUUGAGGACAAAAGAUUUUAUUGCACCUGGUUGGGACACAAUGUUAGAUCGCUCAACAUCUUACAACACCUAUUAUUAGUGCUGGUAUGGUGUAUAAGGACAUUGUUGUUUCAGUCUAUGGAAUGUCAACUAAAUACCACAAAUCCUGUUGGGCUUACAGAUUUUUUUUUUUUAUCCACCUCAGCAUUUCUGAUCUUUAUUGUGUUUCUGCAUAUUUGCUUAUUAAAAAUCAAUGUGUAUCAUAGAUAUGUGUAUACUAACAUGUACAAGUAUUUUAUCGGAAUGUACAUGAUUGAAAUGAACCGAAAGGGAAGCAAUAUAUUUUUUAAAAUAAAAUAAAAAAAUAUAUAUAUAUUUCUUUCCCUUUACAUUGUUUUUUUUUUUUUUCGUACCCAUGAUUCACGUAGAAAUGGAACAGUUUUUUAGUCCUUCCAACUGAAAAGGUUUGAAGUUGAGACCCAUUUUGUCAUAUGUGACCCUGGACCACAAGACCAGUCAUAAGUAUCAUUUUUUUUUGUUAGGAUAGGACAAUAUUUGGCCGAGAUACAACUAUUUGUAUAUCUAGAAUCUGAGGGUGCAAAAAAUUCAAAAUAUUGAGAAAAUCGCCUUUAAAGUUGUACAAAUUAAGUUCUUAGCAAUGCAUAUUACUAAUCAAAAAUUAAGUUUUGAUAUAUUUACAGUUGGAAAUUUACAAAAUAUCUUCAUGGAACAUGAUCUUUACUUAAUAUCCAAAUGAUUUUUCGCAUAAAAGAAAAAUCAAUAAUUUUGACCCAUACAAUGUAUCAACUAAACUAUGUAAUCCAAAAGGCUAUUGCUACAAACAUACCCCAGCGACUUCAGACUGGUUUUGUGGUCCAGGGUCACAUAUUUCAUAACUUUUUAAAGAUGCCGAUCUAGCAGUUGAUAAUUAAAUUAACUGCUAAUAGUAAAUGCUAAAUUUAAGGUUUAGUCAGUAUUUUAGCUAGUGUUAGAUCACUGUUUGUUUAUCGUGUACUUUUAAGUACCAAUAGCACCAUGGUGUUAGGUGCUACAUUGCACUGGCAUGUUACAGUAACUUGGCUCAGCCUGAUUGACUCUUGAGUUUUAUGUGUAUUUUACCAUGUAUUUAUGUUUAUGUAUGUUUUGAUGACUUUCAGAGAGCAAGCUACACAAUAAUUAAUUCCCUUACCUGUCCAACCAAAAUAGAAACAAUUUGGGGAUCACUACUCAGGAUUUUCUCCAACAUCAAAUAUUUGCAACUUGUGCUAUUGUUUUUUUGUCUUCGGCCAUACAGGUACUGAUUCCCCCAUUUUCCUCAUUGGUAAAGCAUGAAACAUCAAUUACGAGUCAUUUACAAGGCAGAAAGCUGAAGCCAUUCAGUUGCGUGCAAGUUCAAGAUUAUUUGCGAUUCAUGUAUAGAUUUCACAUCUGAAAGAGAGGCGUACAUUCAUUUUAUGAAUCACACGUACAUAUAUUUGAGAGAUGAUCGUAAGAUCAAAUUUAGGAUGGUUUCUAUGCAACAUUUUAUAAACGAGGCCCAAGGUGACCAUUUGAGUAUAAUAAACUCAUUGUCAACCAGUUUGAGAUGAUUUGAUGGUAUGUUAAGAUGGGUUCACUGCUCAGCAAAAGUACUCAGAUAGGCUACGGCGUUUAAACAAUGCUCAAUUGGUACUAAGAGACCCAAAAUGUGCCAAGAAAAUAUUCGCCCCACCAUUACAGCGCCACCAACAGCCUGAACCGUUGACACAAGACAGGUUGGAUUCAUGCUUUCAUGUUGUUUACGCCAAAUUCUGAACCUGCCAUCUGAAUCGCAGCAGAAAUCAAGACUUAUCAGACAAGGCAAUGUUUUUCUACUCUUCAUUGUCCAAUUUUGGUGAGCCGUACAAAUUAUAGCCUCAGUUUCCUGUUCUUAGCUGACAAGAGUGGCACCCGGUGUGGUCCUCUGCUGCUGUAGCCCAUCUGCUUUAAGGUUCAAUAAGUUGUGCAUUCAGAAAUGCUCUUCUGCAUACCUUGUUUGCAACGAAUGGUAAUAUGAGUUACUGUGUCUUUCAAUCAGCUUGAACUAAUCUGGCCAUUCUCCUCUGAACCUCUGGCAUCAACAAGGCACAGAACUGCCGCUCACUGGAUAAAAUCACUUUUUCAGACCAUACUGAUGAUACUAGGUUGUGCAUGAAAAUCCCAGUAGAUCAGUGGCCUGUAGCACGAAGCGAGAUGAACAAACUCAGAGUUGCAGAGUAAGUUCUUAGUUGACAAAACCCGAUAAAGCCAACCUGGUUUAGAUCAGGUCCAGCGGGCUCACAAAUCUUGAUAUAAACAUACUCUGUCAACUCAGAGUUUGAACCAGAGUUUGUGAUUAACUCUGGAGCACGUGCAGCAAACAGCCAAUCACACGAAGCGUGGAGAGCAUCAGCUGGAUUCACUUCUCGUGAGAGUCAGCACAAUUCACUUUUCUGCUGAAGAUUAAGAAGAUGUCGUUAUUAAAAAUUUAAUACAUUUAAAUGCAUUUACAAGGCAGGAAUAAACACUGCUGUUGCAGCAAAAGUUUGAGAAGGCAGCAGAAAAUGAAAAAAUGACUAUGCAAAGGAAUCAACUGAAAUUAAUUGCUUAUAUAGUUUCACACAGAGAUCAAAAGGAAAACAUAAGUUUAGUCAUUUUAAAAGUUGGGAUAUAUUAAAGCUUAUCUAUAUGUAUUGUAGGAUCAGAACGAGUCAGACAAACUAAGAUUCCAUCAGAACAUCGAAACAUGAGCCGAAAUUCCAGAAGAGGCCCCAAGAAAACAGGACAACGUCAUAAAUCAGAUUCCUUGCUCCAACCUCUGAAGGAAGCCUAACCAACAAGCCUCUUCCAGAACAGCUUGCAACAUUAAGACAAAAGAACACUUACUGAUAAGUCCAACGCAGGAAGGAGAUCGUCAAAUUUGGGGCAAAUAGUCAAGAUUAAUGGUCAAAGAGAUGGCCAUCACACGUGUUCCACAAGAGAAAGCACGGGCUUCUUUAGAUUGACUUUUCCCUCACACAUACAAGACAAAGACUGAGACUGAAAUUCUUUAGGAGACCUUUUAACCUCUCUCUGGUCUUCACCGAACAUAUCCCUAUGUCCUACAUAGAACUACACAGAGACUUUCUUUUUCAUAUGCACAUAAAAUCAUCUUAAAAGGACAUUGCUAGGCAUAACACUAUAUUAUGUAUGUAACCCACACAUUAGACUAUCAUGUUUUAAGCACAUAUUAUGUAUGUCUUUUGUAUAACUAUUGAAUGACUUUAAGGUUUAUUCAUGUUUGGUAUGUAUGAGCUUGACAAUUCUAGCUUGAAACGUUUCUUCCAAUUGAUUCUUUGUCAAAUGUAUCAUAUUCUGGUUAUAGAAACCACAUCCAAAAGUACACUUGUGUAAAAGUAUAGAGUGUAAAAUUCGGAUAAUGUGACUGAUAACAUGCUGAUUUAUGAUGGAAGGAACAACCCUAGCUAAGAUAAUAGCCUAUCUAAUUGGUCAAGACACCAGAUGGGAUGUGUCCAUAAGCCGAGUUUAAAAACUCAGGACCCCAUCAAAUCUCCCCUUCUCGCCCUUCUCUCUCUCUUCUCGCCUUCCACGCCUUGUCUCCGAGUUCAACUCGAGCCUGUGACCGCCUCAAAACUUCAACCAGACCAACUCUGCAAUCUCCCUUCAACGACUACUGAACUUCCAGCCAAUCACCAACUCGGGAAACCCCUUUUCCUGCAACAACGACGACAAAAGGGAAUCCUUGCAACACAAAGGCAACGCCAGCAAGUACCUCCAGGUCUAACUGAACUGGCGCAUUUAAUAUAAAUUCUAGCCUAAUUGAGAAACUCAAUGCGAGGGUUAAUUACGUGAUUGAUGGUUGUUCAGGUCUAUGUGAUAGCACAUAUUGCUAUAAACUUGGGAUUUCACUUUCUCAUUCUCUAAACUCCUCCUUUCUCUCUUUCUGCAACGUAUGAAUGUGUGAUUGCUUGUGUUCAUGUGUUAGA